AUGGCGGCAGUAAGAAGGCUCAUUUCUUUAGCCCUUUUAAUUUUGUCAUGUCAGGCAGAAAAGAAUCUGAUGGAACCUCAAGGCAAAUCAAGCUGCGGUGCCCAACUGGGAGAUAUCCAAAAAGCUCUGAUCCUGAACCUCAAUGCCAAUGAAAGCUGCACCUGGACGAUAGAAAGAGCAGAAAACAAAACUGUCAGACUCAUCUUUUCCUACUUUCAACUUGACCCAAAUGCAAGUUGUGAAAUUGAAAACAUCAAAGUUUAUGAUGGUGCCAGCACUGAUUUGCCUCUUCUUGGGAAAAUCUGCAGUAAAGUUGACUAUGUCCCAGUAUUUGAAUCAUCAUCUAACAGCCUGACAUUUCAGAUAUCCACCAGCUCUUCAGUAAUUCAAAGAAGUGCCUUUGUUUUCUAUUACUUCUUUUCCCCAGAAAUACAGAUUAAUAACUGUGGAGGCUACCUUGAUGCUUUUGGGGGCUCCUUUACCAGCCCUAAUUACCCAAAGCCACACCCAGAGUUUGCUUAUUGUGUAUGGCACAUACGAGUCGACAAGGGAUAUAAAAUAAAUCUAGAUUUCAAAGAGAUUUUCUUAGAAAUAGACGACAACUGCAGAUUUGAUUUUAUUGCUGUUUAUGAUGGACCCUCCACAAAUUCUGGCUUACUUGGAAAAGUGUGUGGUCGGAUCACAGCCACUUUUCAGUCUUCUUCAAACAUCAUGACAGUUGUGCUCUCUACGGAUUAUGCCAAUUCUUAUCGUGGCUUCUCUGCUUCUUAUGCUCCAGUUUAUGGAAAAGAGGUCAACAGCACAUCCUUGACUUGCUCUUCUGAUCAAAUGACUGCUAUCAUAAGUAAAUCCUUUCUGGAAUCCCUUCACUAUAAUGCAGAAAACUUACAACUGAAUGAUCCGCUUUGCAGACCAAGAGUAUCGAAUGUUUUGGAAUUUCCUAUCCCUCUGAAUAAAUGUGGUACAAUUAAACAGGUCGAAGAUCAUACAAUUACUUAUACAAACAUUAUCAGCAUUACUAACUCCACCAGUUCUGCAGUGAUCACUCGUCAGAAACAUCUCCAGAUUAUUCUGAAAUGUGAGAUGGAAAACAAUUCCACUGUAGAAAUAAUGUACAUAACAGAAGAUGAUAUAAUUAAAAAUAUAAGUGCCUUGGGGAAAUAUAAUGUGAGCAUGGCACUUUAUGAGUCAGAAUCCUUCAACAAUCCUUUACUCAGCUCACCAUACUAUGUGGAUUUGAACCAAACACUCUUUCUUCAAGUCAGUCUUCAUACACCAGAUCCAAAUCUAGUGUUGUUUCUUGAUACCUGUACAGCAUCUCCCACAUCUGACUUUGCCUCACCAACAUAUGAUCUAAUCAGGAGUGGAUGUAGUAAAGAUGAUACUUGUAAGAUCUAUCCCCCAUCUGGGCAUUAUGGAAGAUUUCAAUUCAGUGCUUUUAAGUUCUUGAGAAGCCUUGGAUCUGUUUAUCUCCAAUGUAAAGUCUGGAUUUGUGAAAGUAAUGACACACAAUCUAGAUGUAAUCAAGGUUGUAUCUCUAGAAGAAAACGAGAUAUUUCAUCAUAUAAAUGGAAGACAGAAUCAAUCAUUGGUCCUAUUCGUCUGAAGACAGAUCAUACUGAAAAUAGCAAUUUGGAAUUUCAGAAUCAAGUCCAUGCAGAAGAAAAUCAAUGGGUUCAGCUUUUCAGCAGUUUACAUCUUCUUUCCUUUAUGAUCCUGACUCUGAAUGUAGUGAUUGUGGCGGCAAUGCUAGUGAGACAGUACAGAAAUCGUGUAACAGAAUACCAAUACCAGAAGCUACAGAGCUACUAA